AAAAAAAAAAGGACAGCUGUGGUGCACAGAUAGAGCAAAAAACUUAUGCACAGAAUAAGCAAUAUGACCAAAUUAUUAAAAAAAAAAAAAGAGUAGACAGUGGCAAAACUAGACACUGACCUUUUAAGGAGCUCAUUCCUUCCUCCUGUAGUAGGGCAACUAAGUGAAGUUUUACAUCACGAGCUGUUCUGGGAAGUAACAUCAUUGAACAAAACCGUUCUGACCAACCCGUACUUAUUUUUUUCUUUACACCUAAAGGUGAGGAUGGGGCUUUUUAAACCUGAUUAAAUAACAGCACCACAGGAUGUGAAACCUCUGCCUCAUAAAUUAUAACUGCUUCACUCACUGAGAGAGCUUGUGUGUCAUAGGAUUGCCCAACAUCUGGUUGAGAAUUCUUACCAGCAGAGCAUUUAAUCACAUGCUUGACUUAAAAUGCAAACAUUACUACUGUUGUUGAAUAGGUAUGUGAUUCCUUUUUGGGACUAAUGGCAACAUACAGCUUGGGCUUGAAUCUGCAGCUGUAAAAAAAAAAGAAAAAACAAUCUAUGUGAUGUCUCAGUACAGCUGGACACUGCGGAGCCCCUCCUGGGAUCUGGCUGCAGCGUAAGCAAAGGAUCCAGAGAGGAAUGGAGACUCCAUUGGAUGUUUUGUCGCGAGCAGCGUCUCUAGUACAUGCUGAUGAUGAGAAACGUGAGGCAGCCCUAAGAGGCGAGCCCAGGAUGCAGUCUCUGCCCGUCUCCUCCGCGCUCACCAACCAUCGCACGGGCCCUCCUCCCAUCAGUCCCAACAAGAGGAAGCUCAGCAUGGACCAAGGGGAUGAUGAGCUAGACUGUGAAAAUGACCACGUUUCUAAAAUGAGUCGGAUGUUCAAUCCGCAUCUAAACAAGACUGCCAAUGGAGAUUAUCGGAAGGAGCACAGAGAGAGGAGUCGCAGCCCAAUAGAGAGGGCUGCAGCCCCAACCAUGAGCCUUCACGCCAAUCACAUGUAUGCCUCAAUCCCAAGCUUGACCAUGGAUCAACCUCUAGCACUGACCAAAAACAGCAUGGAUGCAACGCGAACAGUUGGCAUCACACCUACACUGACUUCUGUGGAACGGCAGCAGAACCGUCCAUCCGUAAUCACGUGUGCGUCUGCGAACAACCGGAACUGUAACCUCUCUCACUGUCCCAUCGCGCACAGUGGCUGCGGGGCAGCAGUGCCUGCCUACAGAAGACCCUCCAGCACCACCACUGCCUGCGACCCGGUGGUGGAGGAGCACUUCCGCCGGAGCCUUGGCAAGAACUACAAGGAGCCUGAGCCAGUGGCAAACUCUGUGUCCAUCACGGGGUCAGUCGACGACCACUUUGCCAAAGCACUCGGGGAUACAUGGCUUCAGAUCAAAGCUGCGAAGGACGGAGUCUCCAGCAGUCCCGAGUCUGCCUCGCGGCGGGGCCAGUCUUCCCCUUCCUCUCACAUGGUCAAUCAUAAUCACUCGCCCUCCGUGGUCUCAUGAAGAGAGGACCCAGACGUUUGUGAAUUUGCAUGGUUUGACUGAGCUUUGAACAGUGCUUAAAAUAGUGUUGGGGGAGGGGAGAUUAGUUUUCAACACAUGUUUUUGUGUACUCACUUUUUAUUUGUAAAAGGGUGCCCUUAAAGAUGAUAGCAGGAACUAUUUCAUAAAGAUUCAUACGAUGUAGCAUCCUUUUUUUUUUUUUUUUUUCCUGCCUCAAUUACCAAAGAAACCUCUGAUGCAAAUCUGCUGCCCCUUAAAAAAAAUAAUGCACGCUAAUCCACAAAAGCCAUUACACUUAGUUGGUUGACCCAAGUGCUUUUUUGCUUUUAUUAGCUUCUCGAGACUAGAAUUUGUCUGGUUUGCUUACAUUGCGCUUUUUUUUUUUUUUUUAAUUUUUAUUUCCCUCUGUGAAGUAAUUUUGUAUGUAUAUACUUGAAAAGAACUGUCAUGUAUGAUUUGCACUAUUGGAGGAGGACUGAAGUUGCAUAGCAACUUUCUGGAAGAUGUUAACAUUUUGAGGGCAAACUGCUGAAAAAAGGGUUUAAGGAUGACAUUUCUAUCAGUUUGAUUUUUUUUUAUUUUUUUUUUUUCUUAAAGCAAAACAGCUUUGGAAGGGGAAGUCUCAUACAGGUUAUAGGUCUUUCUCUCUUUAGAUUUCAGGUGCUUAGUGCUUGCAACUGGACUGCAUAAUUUACAGAACACGGGCAUUUUUUCCUAAACACUGCAGUUUGUUAGAAUAGAGCUGAGGUCGGAGGGUUCAAUAGUGCUUAACGAUGCAUGUUUUAUGAAAAAUAGCUGGUAUCUAUUAAUGUAUAGACAGUAAGAAUCAUAAUACUUAUUAGCUUUCCUUCAGAAUUAGUUUAUUUUUGUCAGUAACAAUCCUAGAUAUACUUACUGCUGGUACAGUUGUACUCUAUGAUAUUUGUAUUUGAUAUUCACUUUAGUAGCAGCCAGCAAACGAGGACAGCCUCAGGACAGGCCUCAACCGCCGCGGUGUAGAGAUCCCCCACUUGUGGUACAGGAUGCUAGAGCUUUGCGCGUGACCGAGCACUUGUUCCUGCCUGCGGCGCCGUCUGCCGAGCAGGAACCGCUUCCUAGAGCUGAGUCUGUGUGAUCCACCCUAACGAGCUGCAGGAACUGCUACCGUUACCUAUCUUGGCUGGACAACAGAUUGUUACAGUUUGUGAAAUAGGAUCUUUGGAUUUUUUUUUUUUUUUUAAGCUUAUUCAUAAACCUAUGCCAAGUUGCAGCAUACAUUCCUCCAGUAGAAGACUUUAUACCAGGUAUUACUGCAUUUAUUAUCAUUUGCUAUAUUAAUAGCUACUAACUAGAAAUUAGGCAGUAGAGGCAGGCGUAAAACCACAGCUGUGCUAGUACUAAGAGCUUCUCUUCUUCUUGUUAAGUGUAACUGCUCUCCCCCAUACAUUCCAUCUUCCCAGUACGGUUGCAACUAGGGCUUUGGUUUUUAUACUGGGUGACCUGAAACGAUUGGUUCAGUGUAGAAAGUUAGAACUGGUUGGAAGAUGAACUACACGUGAUGUAUUAUGGACUAUGUUACAGUAUUGGGUCCAUGGUGGCUUUUAUUUUAUGUUGUUGUUGUUUUUUUUUUAAAGUUAAGCUAUUUAAUUUGGAAAAGGUGCAGGGUAGAAAGAGAUCGGGAGAUUGGCUCUUACUCUUGUUGAGAAGGUGGCUGCUCAAUUUUCUUUAAAAAAAAAAAUUAAAAAAAAAACAAAACACCACACCUAAGCCCCCAGUUUUUACACAUUUCA